CUACUGCUCCAAGGGAACACAGGUCCAUGGGUGGGAGAAGAAGCCCAGCAGGUUAAGGAGCAAUCGCCUACACCUGGAAAGCCUUGUCUGGCGGACAUGGGGGGAGAGGUGAGGCUGCCGCCUGGAGAGCCCUGCCGAGAAGGCUACAUGCUGUCCUUGGUCUGUCCAAACUCCUCCCAGGCUUGGUGUGAGAUCACAAAUGUGUCACAGCUGCUGGCUGCUCCUGUCCUCUACAGGGACCUGAAUUCCAACUUGAGCAUUUCUGCAAAUGUAGAAAACAAAUACAGUCUUUAUGUGGGCCUGGUACUGGCAGUAAGUUCCAGUGUUUUUAUUGGCUCCAGCUUCAUACUAAAAAAGAAGGGCCUUUUGCAACUGGCCAACAAGGGUGUUACUAGAGCUGGCCAAGGUGGACAUUCUUACCUCAAGGAAUGGCUCUGGUGGGCAGGAUUACUCUCAAUGGGAGCAGGAGAGGCUGCGAACUUUGCGGCUUAUGCUUUUGCACCUGCCACCUUGGUCACCCCGCUGGGGGCGCUGAGUGUUCUCAUAAGUGCAAUAUUGUCCUCCUAUUUUUUAAAUGAGCACUUGAACAUUCAUGGGAAAAUAGGCUGCAUACUAAGUAUGUUGGGGUCAACUGUGAUGGUUAUCCAUGCCCCACAAGAAGAGGAAGUCGCUUCUUUGCAUGAAAUGGAAAUGAAAUUGAGAGACCCAGGAUUCAUUUCUUUUGCUGUGAUCAUUUCUGUGAUUGCCUUGGUGCUGAUUUUGAUCGUGGCUCCCAAGAAAGGACAAACUAACAUCCUGGUCUAUAUUUCAAUCUGUUCAUUGAUUGGAGCAUUUUCAGUUUCUUCUGUCAAGGGCCUGGGAAUUGCCAUUAAGGAACUAUUGGAAUGGAAGCCAGUUUAUAAGCAUCCCCUUGUUUUUGUUUUGCUGGCUGUACUUGUGCUUUCCGUGACAACACAGAUUAACUAUCUCAACAAGGCACUGGACACUUUUAAUACAUCUCUUGUCACUCCCAUUUACUAUGUGUUCUUUACAUCCAUGGUAGUAACUUGCUCCGCCAUCUUAUUCCAAGAAUGGUAUGGCAUGAAGGCUGGGGAUAUCAUCGGGACCCUGAGUGGGUUUUUCACCAUUAUCAAUGGCAUCUUCCUUCUACAUGCUUUUAAAAACACCAACAUUAGCUGGAGUGAACUGACAUCCACUACUCAGAAAGAAGUGCUCUCUCUGAGUGGCAAUGAAGACAAAUAUGUCUUACUAGAGAAUAUAGACUGCUCAAACUCAGGAUAUGAGGAUGACAUUACCUUGUUUAGCAGGUUUAAUGAAUGAUCAAAGUUGCUACAGACCCUGAACUUGAACCAAUAAGAGACAUUUGAAGAGGAGAAGGAAUACCUGACUCUUGGAAUGACCAUUAGGAAAGGUGACAUUUUUAAAGUUCUAACUAAUAAUUUAGAUUUGAGGCCCUUGCAUCUCAGUUAGAUGAGUCUCAGAAUAAUCUCUUUCUUCUGGUCACAGUGUCCGUGGGCUUGUCAGGUGGCUCUUUGUUUCUCUGACAGUUAUUCUUAGUCUCACAGCAAGUCCUAGAUAAACUUAACUGUGUGCUGCCAAGCAGAGAGAGUGUCCAUCAUUCUCUGAUGAGUCAUAGUUUCAAAUCAUUAAAACUGAGGUGUGAGACGGCUGAUGCUCUUUUCCCCUUUCCACAAAUGAGAUAGCUAAAGGGGAGGACGUUAAAGAAAAAAGAGGCCUGCUCUGGAUGUCUGCUCCUUGUGUGUCAUACCGCAAUGACACGUAUGUCCAUGAAGAGCUGAUGAAUUGUAACUGUCAUUUAUGAACAUAUCACAGACAAUUAUUACCAACUUAAAAAGGGAAGAAUUGAGGAGGGAAAUAUUUUAUGCCUUAGGUAAAUUAAAUAAUUUAUUUUUAUUUUUACAAAAACAGACACAAGUGAUUGUGUUCAAGAGUUUCUUUUAACUCAAACCUGAGGAACAUAAGAUAAAAUUGAAUUUCUGGAGAAGUCCAAGUGAAUUCAAUUUUGGAAUCCCCUGUGUUCAUUUUGUGCUACUAUCUUUAUUUUAUUUUUACUACUAUCCCAAAGGUUAUUUUCCUUAUUGAUGUAGAGAUUUUUGUAAAGUAAUUGCUACAUUAUUUUAGGAUCGUAUUGUACACUUAAAUUCUUCUCACAUGUUUAAUUCCCAUAGGGUGUGUUUUUCACAUAAAGAUCUUCUCAAAAGAUCUUUAUGAAAAACUGAAUUUAUCAUCAUUGUUCUCUUGAAACUUUGCACUUUCAAGCUUGUUAAGGACAUUGUAAUUAGUUACAAAUUGUUUUGAAAAUAUACAUGUCCUACUACAAUAAGUAGUAGAUUGUCUCAAUCUGUGGAAUUUUACCCUGACCACAUUUUCUAUACAUUUUAUUAAAAAAUGUUUUGGAAGAAUAAGAAGAGGAAUUAACUUCCUACAAAACAAGUAUUAAGAUCUCAGGAAUUACUAUAGGGAAAAAAAUUCAGUAUGGAAACCUACAUAAAAUGUUCCUGUCUCCAAAUGCUAGGCAAGAAUAACACUUUUGGUGGACUUUAAUGUUUAUGGACAAAUCUCUCAUCACUCAUUGAUUUAAUGAAAAAGGGAACAUGAGCUAUCUUCUAGACUAAACAUAUUUCUUGCAGAACAAAACAACAAUCCUAACCAAAAAAACUGUGACGUUAAAAGAACAAAAACCCUUCUGGCUCACCGGAUUUUUCUGUUCUAACAUUAAAUGUUAUUAGUUUUGUUUGUUUGUAACCUAGCUCAAGUUUGUGCUGGGUAAUAAUAGUAAAUGCUCUUAUUCAGAAUUCUAUUAGACCGGCUUUCAAGUUCCCCAGUUCUACUGAACUCUGACGGAUUUCACAGUGAAGCCCGGACAUGACUGCCAAGCCUGAACGUGCUGUUCCAGUCUCCCACAGUUUAGCGUUGAGAGCAAUGCGAUGCAUUCUAAAUUUCUGAAAACUGAUAAUCCAUGGAAGAUACAUGGGUCAAUACCUCAGGUCAAGUGCGUGUUUACUCUGUUGACUGCUAUUUCACUUUAACUGUAUGUCAGAUAAAUAAGCUAUGAACGCACAUUUGUAGAAACAGGUAGUAUUUAAAAAAUGUAGAAAUUAUUUUAAAGUUUUUACUUUUUUCUAUUGAAAACUUUACUGGUGCCUCCAGGAUACCUUCUUGUGAGGAAAUUCAUGGCAUCCAACUGGAGGCUGUGAAUUUUCAUGUCAAAUAUUUUUUAAAUGUCACCUGUCGUGAAAUGUUGCCCUUGGUGUAUUGUGUUCAGGUUGAAGGUUCUUGGAACACAAGAACCAUGUGUGCCCUGGCUCAGAAAAAUAGACUGGUGUUGACACAUAUGCGCAGGAAAAACACAGAAAAAUUUAAUCAGUUGAAAUAUGUUGAGAAACAAUGAAAUAUUUGAAAUACUCUAAAAAUCCCCAGAGGGCAUACUCAUUGAAAAACCAAAAUGUGAGCAUAAAUAUUGUUGAAGGAGGAAUAAAAUGCUGGAUCAAAUUUUCAGACCAACCAUGUUAGUCUUAACUAGUAGUCUCACAUAUGUAUAUAUUUUAAUAUAUACACUUUAUCUCACAUAGAUGAUAUCUGAGGGUUAAUUAUGUGAAUACCUGUAUGUGUGUCAUUAAGGAUUACAAAAUUGUCCUCACACAGCCAAAUUGAAAGGUUGAAACCUUUUUCUAGUUCUGUAAACAUAAUAGUUUCACUUUAUUUUUUUGACUUGUAAUUUUACUUUUAGGUCAGUGGUUAUGAUUUUGUUUUUAGCGCAGAUUGCAGAAUGUUCAUAAAACCCUUUAGAUUUAGCAGCAUGAAAAUAACGGUUUUAUUUUAAGAGCACUAAAUCAAAUACAUGGAAAGCACCCCAUAUCAUGCCCGACACAUGAGGCAUUUAAUAAAGUUUAUUCUCUUCGAGUCAACAUCUUAAUUCUUAGUCUGAUUACCAGAUAGAUAAGGACCAUUAGUUGCCAGUUUUCAAACUACAUUCUCCAUCUUUCUUCCAUUUGUGUGCAGUGGCUCAUUUUAAGUAAUACAGGUGAGAAUGAAUGCCAUUAUACUAUCCCAACACAAGCCAGAACAAAGUGAUUCCAACAAAAAUAUUUUCUUCUUCUUUUUUUUAAUUUUAAUUGUUGCUCAAGUACAGUUUUCUGUCUUUUACUCCCAUCCCAUCCCAUCCCCCAAUCCUCCCCAUCUCCCUAUUUUAUUCUUCUUAAUAAAACUGAACUAAGUGCAAUCUUCCCACUCCAACAAAAUUUUGUAGAAAAGUAAUUUAUAUAAAUAUAUGUGAAAUGUUCUCAUAUAUUUUGGAUAAACUCUAUGGUCAUGAAGUUUUCUAUUUUUACAAUGUUUAUAA